AAAACACUUGACAUGCUUUGAUAAAGAAAAAAUGCCCGUAACUUAUAAAUUAUUAAAGGAGAGAUCAACAGGAGAAUUGGAUAUUAUUGAAUAUCUCGAUUUAACAUCAGCAGGAAUAGCUUAUAUUGAUGAAUUGGAUUUUUGUUCAAAUUUGAAAUAUCUAGAUGUUAAAGGGAAUAGUAUUGAUAUUGUAACAAACUUAGAGUCUUGUACCGAAUUGUGGCAUUUGGACCUUUCCUGCAAUCAGAUAAGAAACGUUGAUUCUCUAUCGGAUUUUGUUGCUUUUGGUUGUUUAAAACUAAAUAAUAAUAGGUUAAACUGGAAAAAUUUGGAAAAAAUAAGAGGUUGCCAUAUAAUAAGCUUAACACUUCAAGCUAAUCCUUUAGAAAAGGAUCCUCAUUAUAGAAAACACGUGAUAGAUUGUUUCCCGUAUCUAUGGAUGUUGGAUGGAAUAUUUAUUACAGCUGCUGAAAGAGAAUACGUUUUCAAUUUCUUUGAAAAGUCGGCAUUAUCUAAAAAACCAAUUAGACAUAAACUGUUACCAUGGAAAUUGAAAACUUUCUCAUCAACCCAUCAAUCAAAUUUAAAUCAUGGGAUAUUGGCAAAUGAAUAUUUUAAGAAUUUUCCACCUAAGGAUAUGUGCCAUAAUCAUAUUAUAGAUAUUAAAAAACUAAAAUAUAUGAUCAAUGAUACAGCACAGUAUUUCGUAACAAAAGCCAGAACUGGAACAUUGGCGGAAUUUUCUAUCAACGAACUACCUGAAUAUAUGGAUAAUUUCUUUGAAUUAAUGAUAACAACCCCAAAGUAUUGGACAUUGUUAAUAACUACUAUUCAUAUAUCGCUAUGGUUCAAUAUUCCAUUGGUCUGCUAUGACAAUAUCUUUACAAUGUUACACUUAAAUGAUAGUGAUUUGGAUUUCAAUACCAUAUUUAAAUAUCCUAAAGAGAUCAGAGUAUUAAUAGGUGUUUUUCUCUUCAAUUUAGUGAAAAUUAAGAGAGACUCCGGCCAGAAGAUGGAUGUAAACGAUAGGCUUUAUACAACUUUAUUCUAUUCUAGUCUUAUUCAAUUUAAACUGUAUAAUAAAGCAAAAAAGUGCUUGAACAAGGAGGAUAUGAUUAUAGUUGAGAGGAUUAAGAAAUCUCUUGCUAUUGAAUUUUUGCCUUUAUUCACCAACAGUUCGGUCUGCUUAAACCAAAUUGAGGAGAGUAAAGGUAUUCAAGCCCUUGUAUCUUCCGCUCUUGGGACUUUGGCGACUAAUCGAAUUGAAAAACUUAUUCAAUCAAUUCGUCAAAAGGUUGAAGAGCAUGAGAUAAUCUCAAUCUUACAUCAAACAGGAUUGGCAAUAUGUCAAAUAUGUUUAAAAAUCAUAUCUGAUUUAUCUUUAAAGGAUAUACAACCAAAAUCAAUUAAUAAUGGAAUUAUUAAAUCAAAGAAAAGAUUGAUUGAAGCUAUUCAAAAGUCAAAUUAUCACGAAUCUGGUCUUAGUUUUCCAGAAAAGCCAGACAACGAAGUAUGUCUUAAUGUUGAAAAAUAUUGCAGAAAAUUUCCAGCCAUUGGUGAUAAGAUAAUGCUAGCUGCUCAGCAACUUGGGGUAAUUUUGGCACUACCCGAACCUUUUAGGGCUAUUGCCCAAAGAGAUACUGUUUUGGCAGCUAGCGGAGGAAUAACUAAACCGAAGGAUUCCGAUGAUUAUUGCAUAACUAUUAACAUGAAUAAUUACAAAUUCGACAACGAUCUAAUGGUUUGGAGAAAGGCGAAUAGUCUUGGAGAUAAAAUAGAUUAUUGCAUAAUAAAAAAGAAAUCCGAUAUUUCAGAAUCAGUGGAAAAAGAUAAUAUUUUAAAAGAUAAUUAUAUACAUACUUGGAAUUAUUUAGUUGAAGAAAAAAUUGGUUUUUACAGUAAUUUCGAUACUCUUUUAGAACCAUAUGAAAAUAAUAAAUUACAAGAUGUAAGUCAUAUUGAGAAAUAUAUAUUAGGCAGUAAUGAAGAGGAAGAAAAAACUGAAUUAACUGAUGAAAAUCAAUCAACACAUAUAUCCAUUUCACCCCACCGAUUUCCCACUAGCACAAAGUCAGCUAGAACUCCAAGACUUAGCGCAAGAUCCUCGAAAUGUUCAAGACCUUCAACAGCAUCUUCAAAAUGGCCUAAAACUUCCACUAAAAUCGAUAAUGAAAAAGAAAGUGAAACGCUUUUAGUUCAAGGCAAAAAAUUGUCAGAUGUUGGCCCUCCGCUAACUCCUCAAACUCCUAGAAAACCUAUAGAAAUUGAUGUAAAAACGGAUGUUUCCGACGAUGUUUCUCUCUAUCAACAGAUGACGGCCGAAUCUUGGACUAAUAAAGAAGUAUUAAGAGUACCCACAGCUUCCAUCGUUUUGGAUACAAAAUGUGACAGCAGUAGAAGAAAUGAUGAUUGCUUAUGGGAUAAACGAGGCUUUUUAUCGGUGGCUCAUGCAUCAAAAUGGCUGGCCGCUGGAAGAGAUAUAUCGCAGAAGGAAAUUGCUAAGGAACAUGUUCCCGGUUAUUUAUCGUCUAGACCGGAUUCUAGUUUAUCAAUUUCGAGUGUAAAUCGACGAUUAGAAGCAUUAAGCCCGAGAACUACAACCAAAAAUGGCAUAUAUCAACCAUUUGUUGGAAAAAAGUAUGUGAAGCGCCCUCUUACGGCUCAAGUGGUAAAUGCAUGGCCAAAAAUGAAAGUAGAAUGGAUAUGUGGUGAUUGUGUCAGUGAUUUUAAGAUUACAAAUAAUCCAAGUAAAUAAUUUUUUCCUAUUAAUUCGUGAGUACUUUCUGAAAACUAUAAUUUCGUUUGAAUUCCAUUUUUUAUUCAUAUCAUUCAAACUGACUUGAAUAAAUUAUUCUUUUAAAAAAGAGAUUUUAAGAUGAUAAAGA